ACUGCUAGCUGUACAAGGUGCGGCAGAAGAAAAACAGAGACGGGACACCAUCACUAGCUGACGUUUAUUUUUUAGUCCCCUGUUUCUAAACAAAAGCCAUCGUUGGAUGUCGUUUUUUUUAUAAACUGCGAUGCCGAAGUAGCUUAUUAGUUUGUCAAAAGUAUCAACGAGCGGUUAAAUCGUACUAGGGUCACGCCAACAUCUUUACCCUCAGCCGGAAAAUCAGUUAGCAGUAGGUAGCUAAUGCUAGGAUAGCUAGCGGGCUAGCUUUCAUUAGACUUAAAUUGGACUGAUUGAAUUUUAUCAACGCCGACGUUUGCAAUGGCCGAUGUUGACAAGCUCAACAUAGACAGUAUCAUCCAACGGCUUUUAGAAGUCAGAGGAGCAAAGCCGGGCAAGAAUGUGCAGCUUCAGGAGAAUGAGAUCCGUGGAUUGUGCCUCAAGUCCAGGGAGAUCUUUCUCAGUCAACCCAUUCUUUUGGAGCUGGAGGCCCCUCUCAAGAUUUGUGGUGACAUCCAUGGGCAAUACUACGACCUGCUGAGGUUGUUUGAGUACGGCGGCUUCCCCCCAGAGAGCAACUACCUGUUUCUGGGUGACUAUGUGGACAGGGGGAAACAGUCCCUGGAGACCAUCUGUCUUCUUCUGGCCUACAAAAUCAAAUAUCCUGAGAACUUCUUCCUGCUGAGGGGAAACCAUGAGUGUGCUUCAAUCAACAGAAUAUAUGGUUUCUAUGAUGAGUGUAAACGAAGGUACAACAUCAAACUCUGGAAGACCUUCACAGAUUGCUUUAACUGCCUCCCUAUUGCCGCCAUUGUUGAUGAGAAGAUCUUUUGCUGCCAUGGAGGACUGUCACCUGACCUGCAGUCCAUGGAGCAGAUCCGUCGCAUCAUGCGUCCCACUGAUGUGCCAGACCAGGGUCUGCUGUGCGAUUUGCUCUGGUCUGAUCCAGACAAGGAUGUUCUGGGAUGGGGGGAGAACGACAGGGGAGUGUCAUUUACCUUUGGCUCAGAGGUUGUAGCCAAGUUCCUGCACAAGCAUGACCUGGACCUGAUAUGCCGUGCCCAUCAGGUUGUUGAGGAUGGCUAUGAAUUUUUUGCAAAGAGGCAGCUCGUCACUUUAUUCUCAGCGCCCAACUACUGUGGAGAGUUUGAUAAUGCUGGUGCCAUGAUGAGCGUGGAUGAGACUCUCAUGUGCUCUUUUCAGAUUUUGAAACCAGCUGAGAAGAAGAAACCCAACGGCAGCCGUCCAGUGACUCCCCCUCGCAACAUGGUCACCAAGCAAGCCAAGAAAUGAGGGGGCAAUUGGGGGACAAACGCCCAGAGUCUCUCUCCUCUGUUCUGCUUUCGUCUUCUGCAUUUAAGGGAUUGGCUGUCCUUCAAUUUGCCAAUACUGAAAAGAUACCCACUCCUACUCGAUGAAAGCAAAGUAUUUUGUUGUUUUGUCCACAGGAGUAAAUUGAUAUGUCACCAUGAAAAACCUCAGGUGUUUUGCACUCCAUUUUGCAGCUAGUCUUUGCCACAUAUGACUGUUCAAUCAGGAAAAAUGUAAUAAUACGGCUACUUAUGCACAGGAAUGCCUUGUUUGAAGCUGUGCACAAUUUUCCCCAGUUUUUUUCAUGUCUUGUUCAUCUGUCAUCUUUUUCUCACUGUCAGUAAUUAAUAGUUAUUAACGGCUAUAAAACCACGGGGAAAGUCACAAACACCUGUUUACUUCUGUAUACUUUAUUUACUGUUAAUUUAAUUUGUGUCAUUGAGCAUUGAAUCUACACUGCAUCACAUUUUUAAACAGGUCUUGUGCUAAAUUACAUGAAUAAAGAAGCACUCUUAUAAUGUCUAAAUCUUUCUAAUAAACUUUGAGUGUAUUUUAGGGGGAAA